CGCGCGCGCGUAGCUGUCAGUCCUUCAGUCGGGGAGUGCGGAUGAGCCGGAUACGCCAACUUUAAGCAAUGUAGAUAUAGCUGACAAAAUUCACACCGAAUUCAGACUCGAACCCUUUCCACGCUCGGAAUACUGGCUUCGUUUAAAAGUAAACAUCUUUUCGGGGCAGACAAACGACAAAGAAAGAAAGAAAGUGGGAGUGGGAUUUUGCUUGAGACAUAUUUGCUGGCUUAGCCUGACUGGGGUGCGUUAGCAUGCUAAUGGAGCAGCGCUGCAGUGGAUGUCUCUCCACCCGCUCUUUUUUCCUCAAAUUAGACUGACGUCGUUCAGAUUACAUUUCAUUCUCUAUUUUCAGUUGUAUCCGUCAGUAUUUCUAUUGUUUUUAUUUAAGUGAAGUGUUAAAAAAGCUCCCGAGGGGAGGCUGGCUUGUCAGGCUAGCUAGUUAGCAAGUAAGGAAGGCUUACUAAUGAAGUCUUAAGGAGCUUUUGCAGUUACGGGCGAGAACUUAAAAUAACACCGCGUUUUGCUCUUAACUUUAAUGUUAUAUAUAUCAGCAGACUGUUUUAGCACAUUUGGCGAGUUCUUCAUCUGUCCAGCGAGCUAAUACAUAGUUGAGUUGGUACAGCUAGCUGGCUGCGGUUAGUUAGCUAACUGAACGUUAUGCCAAAUGAUAUUUUAUUAAGAGACAGUUAGGACACCACUAGCUUAAUUAAAGGACUUGUCACUGUGUGAUAGUUAAUUUAUUGUUAUACAACCAACAAUGGCCUCGGCUGGUAACACUGUCUCAUCGUUUGCGAGCAAAACAAAAACGAAGAAGAAACACUUCGUGGCUCAGAAAGUGAAGCUGUUUCGUGCCAGCGACCCUCUGCUCAGUGUUCUCAUGUGGGGAAUAAACCAUUCGAUAAAUGAGUUGAGCCAUGUUCAGAUCCCCAUCAUGCUUAUGCCUGAUGACUUCAAAGCCUACUCUAAGAUUAAAGUGGACAACCACCUUUUCAACAAAGAGAAUAUGCCAAGCCAUUUUAAAUUCAAGGAGUACUGCCCUCUUGUUUUCCGUAAUUUGAGAGAGAGGUUCAACAUCGAUGACCAGGACUUCCAGAACUCUUUGACCCGUAGCGCGCCCCUUGUCAGUGAAGCUCAGGGUCGUAGUGGUGCUCGCUUCCACACCUCCUACGACAAGAGGUACGUCAUCAAGACCAUAAGCAGCGAGGACGUAGCUGAGAUGCACAACAUUCUCAAGAAGUACCACCAGUAUAUCGUGGAAUUUCAUGGUACCACACUGCUGCCACAGUUCUUAGGCAUGUACCGCCUCACUGUAGAUGGAGACGAGACUUAUAUGAUUGUCACACGCAACGUAUUCAGCCAUCGGUUGUCUGUGUAUAAGAAAUAUGACCUGAAGGGAUCUACCGUUGCCAGAGAGGCAAGUGACAAAGAAAAGGCUAAAGAACUCCCUACGUACAAAGACAAUGACUUCAUCAAUGAUGGACAGAAAAUAUACAUUGACGAGGAAAGUAAGAAAAUCUUCCUCGAUAAGCUUCGAAAGGAUGUGGAGUUCCUUGCCUUGCUGAAGUUGAUGGACUACAGUCUUCUGGUUGGGAUCCAUGACGUGGAGAGGGCAGAACAAGAGGAGGUGGAAAGUGAGGAUAAUGAGGGAGAUGAGGAAGGAGAGAGUGAUGGAGGGAUUGUUGGGACGCCUCCUGACAGUCCCAGUAACACCCUAGACAGCUCUAAACCACUCUCACCGGGAGACUUCGACCCCAGUAUUGACGUCUAUGCCAUCAAAAGCCAUGACAAUUCUCCCAGAAAGGAGGUGUAUUUUAUGGCUGUUAUUGACAUCCUGCAGCAUUAUGAUGCCAAGAAAAAGGCUGCUCAUGCAGCCAAGACAGUAAAGCAUGGGGCUGGGGCAGAGAUUUCCACCGUGAACCCAGAGCAGUACUCGAAGAGAUUCUAUGAUUUCAUCACUACCAUUCUGCCCUAGUCCGAGGCAGCUGAGUUGAGUCCACAGGGAUGAAGAGGGACGCCAGCGGAGGGGUGUAGUUCACUCACUCGCCUGCUCUGCCACAGGGGGGCACCCCUACAGCAGCUACAACCACCAUUCGUUUACAUUUUGAUUUUCAUCUAUUCGUUCUUUGUUUUUGUGGGACCAUGAGAGUGAUGGAAAAGGACAACAGUUACACCUUUUUUGGGGGGAUAGGGCUUUUUACUGCUUUCUUAUGCAUGCCCCUUUUUCUUGUUUGUUCCGUUUGAUACUUUUCUUGCCUUUUAAAGUGGAAGAGGACGGAGAGAGGAAAGGGAGCGCAUGUGAUGUUCUGUGGCUCAGUUAGUAGAAUUAUGUCUCUGGAUAAGGAGGCCAAAACAGAACUUCUCAUUUUAUCACAUCCCUCCCCGAACUCACAUCACGCAGCCCUCGACUGCCCGUUCUGAGGUCAACAGCUUCGCAGAGAGGCACCUGAAGCACUUGACCCCACGCCACGGCACCCCGCUCACUAACUCUCCUUACUCGCAGUCCUCUUCCUGCUCUGGACAGACUAACAAGAAACGCUCUUUGAGCCAUUUACAAAAGGAGGACCCAUCGCCCCCCCAAUUGCCUUGUGUGGACAGACAGAUGAAUCUGACUGUUUUGCAUGUUCCUUCAGUGUUCUGAGGCAAACGCGUUUGAAAUGGAGGCGGAGGUUCUGGUAGGUAUUUGUUUUUUGUUUGUUUGUAUUUUGUUUGUUUUUUGUUUUUUUCGUUUUGCAGCAACUUGACAGGAGGGAGAAUGAAGACACUGAGGCAGCAGGAUCAGUGGUUUCUCUUCAGUCAUCAGUGAAUUCUGUUACAUUAGUGAUUCAGUUGCCAUCAGCACCUUAAACUGUUGCACUUUUUAUUAGGAUCACUCGGUCUGUUACGAGCUGCAACGAUAGCACUAUGAGGCACUGUUCAACGCAGCCUUGCAGUUUCACGUGUUCUCACGCAUACGCUUGUUCUCAGCAGACAAAACAUAGUUUACCUCUUGCAUCGUACCAGGACACACCAUUUUGUGUUGUGUUUCAGUAUUCCAUGGAGGUUUGGGGAAGGGGUGCUUUGUGUAUUUUUUUUUUUUUUUU